CUGUGCCCAGCAGGGGAGGAGCUGUGCCAGGAGGCAGGGCACAGGAGGCGGGGAAGGUGGGUCAGAACCACAGGAGGCCCCCAGCCCAGGGCCCCCCCACCCUGCAGCCCAUGCAGGGGGAGGUGGGGCCUCAGCUGAGAGGGCGGAAGACCUCAGACAAGGGACUUUCCUGAAGCAGGAGCCCUCUGAGCAGAAAGGCAGAGCCAGCGCUGGGGGCAGAUACCAGCAGAGAAACAGCCCAGCAGGAGGUCGACAUCAUGGAGCCCUGGCCCAGGAACCCGAUGCAGAAAUUAUAUGCAGACUAUUUCGACUUUCACUUCACAAACGAGCUCACCCCGAAAGGUCGAAAUGGCUGCUACAUCUGCUAUGAAGUGCCGGGAAACCACUCAACUAUCCCCUUGGCCAGAGGGGUCUUUGAAAACCAGUUCUAUCCAAAGACAAGAGUCCACGCAGAAAUCUGCUUCCUGAACUGGUUCAAGGAGUCACUGGAGAAGACCCUGGGCCCUGGGGAACAAUACGACAUCACCUGGUAUAUGUCCUGGAGCCCCUGUGUGGAGUGUGCAAAGCAGGUGGCCGAGUUCCUGAACACGCACAAGCAUGUGCGGCUGCGCAUGACUUUCUCACGCCUCUACUACGGCAAUAAGCAGGAAUACCGGCAGGGGCUUCGUAGUCUGGCUGGCGCAGGGGCCGAGGUGGCCGUAAUGUCUCCAGAGGUAUUUGAAUACUGUUGGGACAACUUUGUGGACAACGGAGGAAUGUCCUUCAGGUAUUGGAAGGGUAUCCGUCGAAAUUAUUAUGCUCAAGAUGAGAAACUUCAUGAAUUUGUCUAUAACCCAAUUCAGAAGUUGUAUGUGAACUAUUUCAACUUUCACUUCUCAAACGAGCCCACCCCCAAAGGUCGAAAUGGCUGCUACAUCUGCUACGAAGUGCAAGGAAACCAUUCAACUGUCCCUUUGGCCAGAGGAGUCUUUGUAAACCAGUUCUAUCCAAAGACAAGAGUCCAUGCAGAAAUCUGCUUCCUGAACUGGUUCAAGGAGUCACCCUUGGAGAAGACCCCGGGCCCUGGGGAACAAUACGACAUCACCUGGUACAUGUCCUGGAGCCCCUGUGUGGAGUGUGCAAAGCAGGUGGCCGAGUUCCUGCACACGCACAAGCAUGUGCGGCUGCGCAUGACUUUCUCACGCCUCUACUACGGCAAUAAGCAGGAAUACCGGCAGGGGCUUCGUAGUCUGGCCGGCGCAGGAGCUGAGCUUGCAGUGAUGUCUCCCGAGGAUUUUGAAUACUGUUGGGACAACUUUGUGGACAACGGCGGAAUGUCCUUCUGGUAUUGGAAGGGUAUCCGUCGAAAUUAUUAUGCUCUGGAUUACAAGCUUAAAGCAAUCCUCUGCAAACCAAUGGAAACAUUGCUUCCCAACACCUACAUCCUUAACUUCCACAACCUGCUACCUGCCCCUGUGCAGAACAACACCUACAUCUGCUUCCAGGUGGAAGAAAGAAAGUACAACUCUCCCAACGCCUACUACUGGGGGGUCUUUCGAAACCAGCCCUCCCACCUUCAUCACCUCUACCCAGAGGAACCAGUCCAUGCAGAACAGCGUUUCCUCUCUUGGUUCUAUGACACACUUCUGUCUCCUCAUGCGGAUUACCGUGUCACCUGGUACAUGUCCUGGAGCCCCUGCUUCGAGUGUGCAGAGGAGGUGGUCAGCUUCCUGGGGGAGUGCGAGAACGUCAGCCUGAGCAUCUCCACCUCCCGCCUGUACAAGUGUGAUGACCAGGACCGGCAGGAGGGUCUUCGACUACUGGACCAGGCAGGGAUCGAGGUGGCUGUGAUGUCUCCCGAGGAUUUUGAAUACUGUUGGGACAACUUUGUGGACAACGGCGGAAUAGCCUUCUGCUAUUGGAAGGGUAUCCGUCGAAAUUAUUAUGAUUUGGUUGAGAAGCUUCAUGAAAUCGUCUGCAAACCAAUGGACACAUUACCUCCCAACACCUACAUCCUUAACUUCCACAACCUGCUACUUGCCCCUGUGCAGAACACCUACAUCUGCUUCCAGGUGGAAGAAAGAAAGUACAACUCUCCCAACGCCUACUACUGGGGGGUCUUUCGAAACCAGCCCUCCCACCUUCAGCACGUCUACCCGGAGGAGCCUCUCCACGCAGAACAGCGUUUCCUCUCUUGGUUCUAUGACACACUUCUGUCUCCUCAUGCGGAUUACUGUGUCACCUGGUACAUGUCCUGGAGCCUCUGCUUCGAGUGUGCAGAGGAGGUGGUCAGCUUCCUGGGGGAGCACGAGAACGUCAGCCUGAGCAUCUUUGCCUCCCGCCUGUACAAGUGUGAUGACCAGGACCAGCAGGAGGGGCUUCGACUACUGGACCAGGCGGGGAUCGAGGUGGCUGUGAUGUCUCCCGAGGAUUUUGAAUACUGUUGGGACAACUUUGUGGACAACGGAGGAAUGUCCUGCAGGUACUGGAAGGUUUUUCGUCGAAAUUAUUAUGAUUUGGUUGAGAAGCUUCAUGAAAUCGUCUGAUCCGCGAGUUCCCCUCCUCUUCACCGAAGCCGAGAAUCAUGCUGCCUGGAGUAAAGCUGCCGUCUUUAGAAGUC